CAGCAUGGUUUGUGUUUUCCUGCAAUUAUAAGAGUAACGCUCAAGGACACCAAAUGGGCUGGGAGGGGUGCACGCCACUGCCUCCAACAGCUUAAUCUAGAAGAGUGCAGUCGGCAUUUGGAGGUGGGGGAGAGAAAGCUGGACAGUGGCCUCCACUUUGCCCCUAUAGCCGGUUUCCAGCGCUUGGCAGGAUUUCACAACCGCUAACUGCCCCCUUGGCCCCGCCCCCGGGGCUGGCCGCGCCGGGAGCUGUGGCCUCGCCCCUGGGCUCGCGGCUAGCCGCCAGGGGUCCGCACCAGACGAGAGGCCCCGCCCCGCGAGUCCACCUUCCGCCGGGUCGCGCUCCCGCCUGCACGGUCCGGUGGGUGGGCGCGGGGUCGCCUCUACCCAUUGGCGGCAGUGACUCGGCGACCUUGGGCCGGCUGCCCUAGCGGGGACCCACCCGCCACAGCUGCGGCGGCGGCGCGGACUUGGACCAGCGCGGGGGACGGUGCGGACUAUUUGUUCGCGGCAGGCGGCAAGAUGUUGUCCUUCGCCGCAGGCGGCAAGAUGUUGUCCUUCGCCGCCAGGACCAUGGUGAAGCCCCUAGGCUUCCUCAAGCCUAGCUCCCUGACAAAGGUUUCCGGCCGCUUCAAGGCACACCAGGAUGCACUGCCCCGGCUGCCUGUACCUUCACUCCAGCGGUCUCUGGACCAUUACCUCAAGGCACUGCAGCCCAUUGUGAGUGAGGAGGAGUGGACUCUAACCAAGCAGCUGGUGGAUGAGUUUCGGGCCCCAGGGGGCGUUGGGGACCGCCUGCAGAAGGGGCUGGAGCGCAGAGCCAAGAAGAUGGAGAACUGGCUGUCCGAGUGGUGGCUCAAGACAGCCUACCUCCAGUACCGCCAGCCUGUGGUCAUCCACUCUAGUCCUGGUGUGGCGCUGCCCAAGCAGGACUUUGUGGAUCUGCAGGGUCAGCUCCGGUUUGCUUCUAAACUCAUCGAGGGUGUUUUGGAUUUCAAGGCCAUGAUUGACAAUGAGACCCUGCCCGUGGAGUACCUGGGAGGGAAGCCGCUGUGCAUGAACCAGUACUAUCAGAUCCUGUCCUCCUGCCGCAUGCCAGGCCCCAAGCAGGACUCAGUCAUCGACUUCAGCAAGACCAAGAAGCCACCCAUGCACAUCACUGUGGUGCACAACAACCAGUUUUUUGAGCUGGACGUAUACCACAGUGAUGGGACACCCUUCACCUCGGAUCAGAUCUUCACACAGCUGGAGAAAAUCUGGAACUCAUCAUUGCAGACCAACAAGGAACCUGUGGGCAUCCUCACUUCCAACCACCGCAACUCCUGGGCCAAGGCAUACAACACGCUCAUCAAAGACAAGGUAAACCGGGAGUCAGUGCGGUCCAUCCAGAAGAGUAUCUUCACCGUGUGCCUGGACGCGCCCAUGCCCCGGGUCUCAGAAGAUGUGUACCGCAGCCACGUGGCUGGCCAGAUGCUGCAUGGCGGCGGCAGCAAGCUCAACAGUGGCAACCGCUGGUUCGACAAGACACUGCAGUUCAUCGUGGCAGAAGACGGCUCCUGUGGGCUUGUAUACGAGCACGCAGCUGCAGAGGGGCCCCCCGUCAUCGCUCUUGUAGACCACGUCAUUGCGUUCACGAAGAAACCCGAGUUUGUGAGGUCUCCCAUGGUGCCCCUGCCCAUGCCCAAGAAGCUGCGGUUCAACAUCACCCCAGAGAUCAAGAGCGACAUUGAGAAGGCCAAGCAGAACCUUAGCAUCAUGAUCCAGGACCUCGACAUCACGAUGUUAGUAUUCCACCACUUUGGAAAGGACUUCCCCAAGUCAGAGAAGAUGAGCCCAGACGCCUUCAUCCAGAUGGCCCUGCAGCUGGCCUACUACAGGAUCUAUGGGCAGGCAUGUGCCACAUAUGAAAGCGCCUCCCUGCGCAUGUUCCACCUGGGCCGCACAGACACCAUCCGCUCAGCUUCCAUGGACUCACUCACCUUCGUCAAGGCCAUGGAUGACUCCAAUGUGACGGAUCACCAGAAGGUGGAGCUGCUGCGGAAGGCCGUGCAGGCCCAUCGAGCAUACACUGACCUGGCCAUCCGCGGAGAGGCCUUCGAUCGGCACCUGCUGGGCCUGAAGUUGCAGGCCAUCGAGGACCUGGUGAGCAUGCCUGACAUCUUCAUGGACACCUCCUACGCCAUUGCCAUGCACUUCAACCUCUCCACCAGCCAGGUCCCUGCUAAGACGGACUGCGUCAUGUUCUUUGGGCCUGUGGUCCCAGACGGCUAUGGCGUCUGCUAUAACCCGAUGGAGGCUCACAUCAACUUCUCCGUGUCGGCCUACAACAGCUGCGCUGAGACGAACGCUGCCCGCCUGGCGCACUACCUAGAGAAGGCCCUCCUGGACAUGCGUGCAUUGAUUCAGAGCCACCCCCGGGCCAAGCUGUGAGCCCCAUGUGCUCAGGCCUGCCAGUGCCACAGCCAGGGCUGAACUCUUUCUUUGCUGGGGGUCUCCCCGCUUCCCUUGGCUUCCCUAGAUCUGACUGAGCCAAGGGGGCAUCCCCUAGUGGGGCCCGCAGGCCCAAGCCAAGUGCCUUCCAUGGGUCAUCUCAGCACCUGGUGUGAACCUCCCUAGUCUGGAGUUGAGCUCAGAGGCUGAGCAGGUUGUAAGGCCCAGGCCCCCAGCCCAUCACCCACUUACGCCCCUCCCAGGAAAGGGAAUUAGCAAUCAACUCGACAGCAGUGGGUUUGGUUUUUUUGGGGUACCCCAUGCCAGAACGUGAGACUGGGAAAAAGUCCCUUUCCUUACCAGCUCCACAGCUGGGCUAGGCUCUGUAACUUGAUCCCCAAACUCUGAAGAACCUAGAGACAGAAGAUUACCUUGAGCCAAGGGGCCAUGGGCCACCUGGGCCUUUCUGAGCUGAACACCUGAGAUGCCAGGGUGUGGGGAUAGGGUGACGGUGAGGCCGAGGCCUCUUUCCUCCAUCCUGUGUCAAGGUACCAUUCCUGUCUGGCUGCCGUGCUCUUUUUGGAUAACGUGGCUCACAAGCCCAGACCCUGUUGCUUCCACUUGGCUUGAUUCCCUGACCAUGUUCAUGGUUGUUGUAUAAUAUUAACAUACAAGGUAAUUAAUAAAGGGAAAAUCUGUUGGUGAAGAGGUGGUUCAGCUGAGGGGUCAGGUAGGGUGGGGGCAGACGCCUGGCCUUGCACACUUCCAGCUUCCCCUGGGUCUGGAGCUGAGAUGUCCAAGCAGUGGGUCCAAGGGCUCCUCAGAGGAGCCAGGAGGAGGUGGCUGAGGUCUGGGUGCCAGGGGCCAGUUCUAACCAUAGGGCACUGGGCCAGGGAAGGUGCCAGACCCAGGGUAGUGCUCAUCAUAGCCAACUUCCCACCUAC